AUGCGACAGAAUGUGAUAAGGAGGUCAAAUAUCAACCUGUAUAUCACUUCGUCAGAGCGAGGCAAAUCAAGGGGACAACAACCAACAACAGAAGAAAAACGAAGAAGAACAACAACAACUGAAUCAACAACAUCAUCAACAACAACAACAACAACAGAAGAAAGACGAAGAACAACAGCAACAACAACAACAAGAAGUAAAUUACUGAGGUUAACAUACACUCAAACAAAGUCAACAAAUCAUGAGGACAACAACCAACAACAGAAGAAAGACGAAGAAGAAGAACAACAACAACAACAAAAACGACAACAACAUAAACAACACCAACAUCAACAACAACAACAACAGAAGAAAGACGAAGAACAGCAUCAACAACAACAACAAGUAUAA